UCUCUCUCUCUCUCUCUCUAAUUGAACCAACUGAGUGUUUGGGUCCGUUGGCCACAUACGAUACGAUCUCAGUCGCCGACAGUCAUCGCCACCGCUUGGUGUUGCGUUCUUUCUCUCUCCUUCAUACAUACUCAUCUUCACAUUUCGAGUGAUUUUGGUUUUCUCUCACAUAAAUUUUACAAGCCAUGGAUAAAUCGAGUGCUUUAGAGUAUAUCAACCAGAUGUUCCCAACAGAGGCAUCACUAUCUGGCGUUGAGCCACUUAUGCAAAAGAUUCAGGGUGAGAUUCGUCGGGUUGAUGCUAGCAUACUCUCUGCUGUUCGUCAACAGAGUAACUCGGGAACUAAAGCUAAAGAGGAUCUUGCUGAUGCUACACGUGCUGUGGAGGAACUCUCUCAUAAGAUACAAGAGAUAAAAUCCAAAGCUGAGCAAAGUGAAGCAAUGGUUCAAGAAAUAUGCCGUGACAUUAAGAAGUUAGAUUUUGCAAAGAAGAACAUAACCACCACAAUCACUGCUCUUCAUCGCCUCACAAUGUUAGGUUAG